AUGCCGGAUUUAUACGGGCAUAUCGCUCAUAGUGAUCCAGAGGAAGGUGAUCAGGGCAGCCAUGAAAAGGAAGAAGAGAAAGGGCUUCAUUUAGAGAUGCCAGGAUUCACGGGAGUUGGAAUUGAGGGUAGACAAAAUGAGAGAUUUAUACAGACGUAUCUGGUCUCUAGCGAGGGACAGAUGCUCUGUGAGCCGCAGAUGAGCAUUAGUAUGGAAAGCGAAGUGCUUUUUUCGCCCUCUUCUACGUCUUCGCAGAGGAACCCUGUGACACCGACUCUGAAAGUGGAGGAUUCCGACGGGGAUACAUGGGCACAUCUGAUGGAACCGUCGCGAGCGGAGGUGGAAGAUGCCGGGGCAAGUCUCCAUCUGCAGAGCAGAAGCUAUCUGGGAGCGUUUUCGGCGGAACAUGAGCUGAAUGACAUGUACAGGAGUGAUGCGGAGACAGGGUACGCAUCUUCGAGCUACCAUACGCCGGGGCUGUACCCUGUUGAUCCCGCGGUUUCGCCGGCGGUAUCGUAUUUGACCAUUGGCGACGAGGAGCUGGACGACUUGCUGAGUGUGCAUUCCGGGACAAGCGCGUACUCGAACAUUUCGCUGCCCAUGAGCGCCAGCGGGUUUAGACACGUCACCAAUGUCGAUGAGCUGGACAACCUGCUGUCCGCGUCAAGCGGCCGUUUCGACGAGAAUUUUAGCGAGUUCGUCCAGUCGAGCGUGACCGCGUGCGAGGAACAGCAGGGCUCUCGAAUACCGCCCGUUAUAUCGGUGCAGGAAUUCCAAGAAAAGCGCAGUGAUGAAGCUGGGACCUCGGUAUCCUCAACGACGUUCGACGAGCAGAACUUCCAAAGAGCUGAGCAGAAGUUAAAUGCGUCGUUGCUAUGUCCGAAUGACAUGGACGUAGAACACGAAGAUAUGAUAAACGGCAGGAUCGCAAGGAGAAGAGCUUCGCACGGGUCGAGGAGAUCCAGAUCGUCUGUACGCAGUCGAAGCCUGUCGCCGGAUGAGAGGGCGCGUUCUCUAAGCGAGGACAGAGAUAGACUACUGUUGCUGGCAGAUCUGCAGCCGCCCUCCCCAAAUGACUUGCAAAACAGAUCAGCGAGCCCGCUGGGAGAUGGCGAGACUUUACAAAACCUAUCGGGCAACACAAAGCGACGUCUUUCGCAGAAAAACCCUGCCACUUACGCCUGCGAACUGUGUGACAAGAAAUUCACAAGACCGUACAACUUGAAAUCCCAUCUGCGAACGCACACUAACGAGAGGCCGUUCAUCUGUUCCAGUUGUGGUAAGGCGUUCGCGCGGCAGCACGACAGAAAGCGACAUGAAGACUUACAUACGGGCAAGAAGCGCUAUGUUUGCGGCGGAAAGCUCAAGGACGGCACUCCUUGGGGCUGUGGCAAGAAGUUUGCUAGAAGCGAUGCUUUGGGAAGACAUUUCAAGACUGAAAGUGGUAAAAAAUGCAUAACUCCAUUAUACGACGAAGCAGCUCGAAACAAGCAAACUCUGGAAGCGGACUUUCAGCAAGAUUAA